GUUUGAGAAAAAUGAAGAAAUUUUUAGGGCGUCGAAAGAUUGAGAUAAAAAAACUUGAGAAGAAGAGUACCCAACAAGUUACCUUCUCGAAACGCCGCGUCGGACUUUUCAACAAGGCCGCCGAGCUGUCCAUUCUCUGCGGUGCUGAGAUCGCAAUCCUCAUCUUCACUCCCCACUCCAAAAUCUAUACAUUCGCACAUCCCAACGUUGACGCUCUCCUCGAUCGGUUUCUCACCGGAAAUUUUGUUUCGCCCAAGCCUCUGCCCGGAUCGAAUCGUGAUUUCUCUGAAGCGGAAGCCGAAUUUGAGAUGGAGAAGAGGGGCGCGGCGGAGAGAUUGAGAAAUAGCGACCGAUUUUGGUGGGACGAUCGUCUGGAAUGUAUGAGAAUCGACGAGUUGAAGCGAUUUCGUUCUUCAUUGCUCCAACUAAGAGCAAAUGUGGCCAAAAGAGUGGAAAAUUUUCAGGCCAUGCAAAUGGGAGAUACUUCGGUAACUCCAUCGAUUGAACGCGCCGGAAACCUCCCAUGGCCGCCCUCGUCGUCGACUCACCCUGCCGGAAACAACCAAUGUCCGCCGUCGUCGUUUCACCUGGAUGGAAAUCACUCUGAUGCGAUGGAUUGGGAACCGGAAAUUUGGGGUUAGGGUUUUUCAAAUUUCGUUUUA